AUGACAGCAUUCGUCCCAGCGUGGGGCCUGCCAGAAGCCAGUACGCAGAGACCAACCGCCACCCGUUCCUGGCCCGGGUACAACAGCCAGGCGGAGCCGCACGGCCCCUCCUCGCUUCUAGCACCCACCCUGGCCUGCCUCCUGGGAGCCGGCGCAGCCUCCUCAGGAAGCAGGAGGCCGAAAAGGCGAUCGACUGGAUCGAACUUGGGCCUCCGGGCCUUCCGGCGCGAUCUGAGUCUAGAGGGCUAUCCCAUCCACAGUACAGGUUACUACUGGACUCUCUCGAAGUGCACGGAGGCUGUGAUUAUCUACAUCCCGAUCGCUGAUGACGUCAAGAAACAGGACGUCAUCUUCGACUGCCGCAAUGGCAUCCUCAAGACUGGCUUGGUGGAAGAGAAAGGCGGCUUAGUGAUCAACGACAAGCUGCUGUACGAAGUUGACGUCGAAAACUCGUACUUCCAACUAGAUGAUGGCGAGUACAAGGAGCGAUGUAUCGUGAUCUGGCUCGAGAAGCGCACUCGAGAACAGGUCUGGUACGCCUACGAUAGAUUUGAGCCCGUGAGCGAACGCUUCUUGCUCCAAAGCGAACGGACGAAAUCUGAGCUCAAGUAUGAGGUCACUGACAAGGUCUUCUUCGACAUUGAGAUUGACGAGAAGCCCAUGGGGCGCAUUGUCAUGGGCCUCUAUGGAGCGGACAUGCCCAGAACAGUUGAGAACUUCAAGUGCCUCUGCACCGGCGAGAAGGGAACGAGUGAGGAGACAGGGGAGCCACUCCACUACAAGGGCACCAGGUUUCACCGGGUGGUGCCUGGCUUCUGCAUCCAGGGCGGCCAGACUUUCGAGAACGAGGAAGGUUCCGGGGGAGAGUCCAUCUAUGGCCCCACCUUCGAGGAUGAGAACCUUCGCAUGAAGUUCCGGGACAAGGGGCUAUUAGCCAUGGCGAAUGGCGGUCCAAACACCAACGGAUCCCAGUUCUUCAUCACUACCAAGAAGGCGGACCAUCUCAACUUCAAGUACGUGGGCUUUGGCGAGGUCUUGAAAGGCUAUGAGGUCGUGAAAGCCAUCGAAUCCUUGG